GGUCGUGUUUAAGUAAUUUAUAACAUAAAUGGUUAUUAUGGUUUAGAUAAAAGUUAUUAAAAUAUUAUUGCGCUCCUCCUCACUUUCAUUAACAGCACUAUAAAAGAAAAAAUGCGACUUUUUCCAAAAAACAUCGAAACAACGAAGGAAAGUUUUGCAUCACAUUUUUAGUUCAGCCACACUGACGUCUUCCAGUCUUGAAAAUUUAAAAAAAAAGUUUUAGCAGCAAAACAAGAUGGCUACGAAAAAACAGUUUAUUGUCAUUGGGGCAGGGCAUCCUCGAAAUGGAACUCUUUCAACAAAAUCAGCUUUAGAAAUUAUCCUACCUGGUAAAUGCUAUCACAUGGAAACGGCAGUUAUGUACCAUCAAAAAGAAUGGAAAAGUAUAUUGAAUGAUGACAUGUCUGACGAAGAGUUUAAAAAUUUCUUUCUCUCAAAUGGUUACGUUGCUGGAGUGGAUUCGCCUGUGAGUUUAUUUUAUGAGAGAAUGAUGAAAGUGUUUCCAAACGCUAAAGUCUUGUUGAAUGUUCGAGAACCACGGUUAUGGGAACGAUCAAUGAAUGAAACCAUUGUUAAAGUGGUAACCGGAACCUUCAAAUUUCCAGAGGAUGUCUUUGAAAUGUUAGGACUUUUCAAAUCUUAUCUGUUUCACGCUAAGAUGUUUGUUAGAACGUUUCUUCAAAAUGAUCGCUUUCGUGAGAUGUUUGAAUCAGUAAAGAGCGGUAAUGGUGUGGCGUAUUACAACAAUUGGGUAGGAGAAGUUAAACGAAGUGUACCUGAAGAGAAAUUACUUGUCUUUAGCGUAAAAGAGGGCUGGGAACCACUAUGCAAAUUUCUUGAUGUUCCAGUACCCGAACAGCCUUUUCCACACGCCAAUGAUACUGCGACAUUUAAGGCUAGGUUCGCUGUGAAUCACAGACGGUCCGUGUUGCUGUUAUAUGAGCUUAUUACAAUUCCAAUUGGUCUGUUUUUGUUUUAUAAAAGUUUCAUGUAAGAAUUAAAUAUGAGUCUGUCUUGAUUUUUUAUAUUGUCAAGAAAAAGUUACGAUUGCCUAUUUGUCGUUGGGUUUUUACAUCUUUCCCGCAUUAAUUUUUUUUUAUGUACCGCUGCUAUUUCUCAACUUUGACAAACAAAAUGAAUGUGAUUUUUGAAAUCCUCAUCUGAAACUUGAUAAAAUGUAAAAUUUUUAGAUUUCUACACAACCUUAUAAAACAUUUUUUUUAAUUUUGUACUAUUUAACCUCUGCUUGAAACAGAAGUUUAUUAGUUUUUUUUUCUUUUUAUUUUGCCGUUGAAGAAUUUACAGUUUUCCGUAAGAAUAAAAUACAAAUCUUUAGCUAUUAUAUCGUAUAAUCUAAAGAUAGGAUUGCAUAUGCUAAAAAUAUUUGCCAGAGAGGUAAAAAAUGGCAGGAGCGAGAAGAAGGUUAUAAUAGCCUUUUCACCAAGCCCCCAACCUAUAUAAAAGGUUAGCAUUGAAGAUGAUGAGGAGUUGUGUUAUAUGUGUCGUACGUUGUAACUGUCGUGUGUUUUAAAAUAAAUAUAGAUUGUCAGUAGUCAAUAGUUUAUGUUUUAGUUUAUGUUUGAAUUCGUUAAGUGAUGUAAUAGUUUUCAUGUCGUUAUCAAGAAGUGUACUCCACAAUUUAGGUCCUCUGCUAGUUAUAGAGAACUUUGUGAUUGUAUAAUUAAUCCUGGGUUGAAAAAAACUGUUAAUUGAAAA